AUGGAGGAGAACAAACAGCCACUGCUGUCGCUAAGAGACGAGGUGGUGGGAGUUCCACAACAUCAUCAACCGAUGCAUGACAACCUAGAUUCCAUCCCUGCUCCCGCAAACCCUUCUUUCAUUUCCAGCACUGCUUUCAAUCCCGAAUCUGACGACAUCCCACCCAUCAAUGGAGUACGCGACUUCUUCCGAGAGUUCAACCGAGAAUCCAAGAAGCUCUGGUUUCUUUCCGGCCCCGCCAUCUUUACUUCACUAUGCCACUACUCUCUCGGCGCCAUCACUCAAGUCUUCGCCGGUCAUGUCAGCACCCUCGACCUCGCCACCAUCUCCGUCGAGAACUCGGUCAUCGCUCGAAUUCUGCUUUGGCGCUUUGGUAUUCAUAUUUUAUCCAAUUUCAUCAAAUAUGUAGAGAAAGCACAACACUAUGUAGUGUUGUGCUUUCUCUACAUAUUUGCUCAGCAAAUUCUGUACGGAAUAGGACAGACGGUGGCGAUAUCCAAGGCGGCGGGGGUUUUCUCCAUAUACAUGAUACCUCAGCUGUUCGCGUACGCCAUGGUUUUUCCGUUAGUCAAGUUUUUGCAGUCGCAGAGCAAGAUGAUGGUGAUGGCGGUGAUCACGGCUGUGACACUGAUACUGCACACUGUGUUCUGCUGGCUACUGAUGUUGAAGCUCGGGUGGGGCUUGGUCGGGGCUAGUCCGAUUUCUACGUCGCAGAAGCCUGGGCUUGGUUUUUUUGGUCUCAUCUCGACUGGCUACGUGAUUGUGCUAUGCAAGGUCGACAGCAUGGGUUCUGCUUCGAUGGUGGGCAGAGGUUUGUCUAUUAUAUAUCAAUUCUUGUGCAGUUUGGAAGUUUGGUAUUUUAUGGCGUUGAUUCUCUUUGCUGGAUAUCUAAAGAAUGCAGAAGUUUCUGUGGAUUGCCUAUCCAUAUGCAUGAACAUAUUGGGAUGGACAGUCAUGAUGUCUUGUGGCAUGAAUGCAGCAAUAAGUGUGAGAGUGUCGAAUGAACUAGGAGCAGGACAUCCAAGAACAGCAAAGUUCUCGCUAGUAUUGGCCGUAAUAACUUCAUUUUUCAUUGGUGUUCUCCUCUCACUCGUCCUCAUACUCAGCAGAAACGAAUAUCCAGCCUUGUUUCCAAGUGAUUCAGAUGUUCAAGCGCUCGUGGUGCAGCUCACUCCCUUGCUGGCAACCUGCAUUGUCAUCAAUAACAUUCAACCUGUACUCUCUGGUGAUGCAAUUGGAGCAGGAUGGCAAGCUUUUGUGGCUUAUGUCAACAUAGGCUGUUACCAUAUAGUUGGGGUACCAUUCGGUUUACUCUUUGGGUACAAAUUUGACUGGGGUGUUACGGGGAUUUGGACUGGAAUGCUGUUAGGGACAGUUCUUCAGACUUGUGUCCUUUUCUAUUUGGUUUAUAAGACCAACUGGAACAAAGAGGCUUCUAUAGCUGAAGACAGGAUACGGAAAUGGGGAGGCCAAUCAAACAAUCCCAAAGACUCGGAGAAUAAUGGCGCAACGAUAUAGAAAGUUUCAAGUAAAAAGAUUGAACAACGCAAUGCAACUACGGCAGCACAAAUGCAAUUUUUAUUUUUCAAUUAUAGGGCCAUCUUCUGCAAUGAUUGGAAUGCAAAGAGCUGGAGGUCCUAAGUUCGGAUCCUCCCCCUUCAGAUUAUUAAAAAACAAUAGGGAAUAAGACAGUCCCCAAUAGUUUUGACAUAUCCGCAUCAGAAGAUGAUUUUGGGGCUUACUGUAUGAAAAUCAUAGUAAAACCAUUAUUCUAUUUGUAGUUUUAUUAUUACUGUAGUUUAU